CGUGAUGAUGGAAACUGGACAAAAGAAGUAGAAACAGAGAGAAGAAAACAAGAAAGCUUUGAAAAGGAGAAAGGCUGAUUUGUCAGGUCGUGUGGAACCUUUUUCUUUUCUUGAGAAAAUUUUGUGUACGACCUUUGCGAUAUGCUCUGCCUUGUUGGCUACUUGGCUAUGUGCAGUUGGCUGGCACUGGCUAAACAACUUUUGUCGUCUUAAUGAACUCCCCGAGGCACGGGCACCUCUAGUCUUGUUUUGCAGUCCAUUUGUUUUCUCUAUUAAAGACCCAGUGACUUAUCCUUUUCUUCCCCCUUCCCCUCUCUCGGUCUCUUUUAAAGACUUGUAGAGUGAAAAAUAGUGUUUGAACCACAAACAGAAGCCAAGGAAUGAAUGGGUUUACGACGUUUGAACCAGAUGACUCUGAAUAUGUUGAAGUUGAUCCUACUGGAAGAUAUGGAAGGUACAAUGAAAUUCUUGGCAAAGGAGCUUCCAAAAUAGUUUACAGAGCCUUUGACGAGUAUGAAGGGAUUGAGGUGGCAUGGAAUCAGGUGAAGCUUCAUGAUUUUCUGCAAAAACCUGAAGAUAUGGAGAGGUUGUACUGUGAAAUUCACCUACUCAAGACCUUGAAACAUGAAAACAUCAUGAAGUUGUAUACUUCCUGGGUUGACAUUGCUAACAGGAACAUUAACUUCGUCACAGAAAUGUUCACUUCUGGUACUCUAAGACAGUAUAGAGUGAAGCACAAAAAAGUGAACAUUAGAGCUGUCAAGCACUGGUGUAGACAGAUUUUGAAGGGUCUUCUUUAUCUCCACAGCUGUGAACCUCCUGUUAUCCACAGAGAUCUCAAGUGCGAUAACAUUUUUGUCAAUGGAAACCAGGGAGAAAUCAAGAUUGGUGAUCUAGGCCUUGCCGCGAUUCUCCGCAAAUCUCAUGCUGCUAGAUGUGUUGGAACGCCAGAAUUUAUGGCUCCAGAGGUGUAUGAAGAGGAAUACAAUGAAUUAGUGGAUAUAUAUGCUUUUGGUAUGUGCAUCUUGGAGAUGGUAACCUUUGAAUAUCCAUACAGUGAAUGCACCCACCCUGCUCAAAUCUACAAGAAAGUUAUAUCAGGGAAGAAACCAGAAGCUCUUUAUAAAGUGAAGGAUCCAGAGGUGCGACAAUUUGUUGAAAAAUGCUUGGCUACUGUGCCUUGCAGGCUUACUGCCAUGGAGCUGUUGAAAGACCCUUUUCUUCUGGAUGAUUCUUCUGAUUCGAGGCCACUAUUGUAUCUAAGAGAAUACGAUGAAUUAGGCCAUCCUCUACAGCCUCCUACGUAUGGAAAUGACCAUCAACAGUAUGCUAGUUACAGCGAUUAUGUGCCACAGGAUGAUUUUGAUUAUAAUCCACUUGAGUUUAAGAUGGAUGAACAUCUGGCAGACGUCGAUAUUACAAUCAAAGGAAGUGUGGGAGAUGAUGAUGGCAUCUUUUUGAGGCUCAGAAUUGCAGAUAAAGACGGACGCAUCCGAAAUAUCUACUUUCCUUUUGACAUUAAGAGUGACACCGCGUUGAGUGUUGCAACUGAAAUGGUUGCUGAGCUGGAUUUUGCUGAGCAAGAUGUUAUGAAAAUAGCAGAAAUGAUAGAUGGUGAAAUUGCUGCCUUGGUACCGGAAUGGAAUCAGGGUAGCCAGGGCUUGGGAGCAGAGGAAGUUCCGGAGCACGCAAGUGAAAAUAUCUGUAACCAUUGCACUCCAAAUGGUUACUUAUUGGAUAAUGCAUCAGCUUCUAAGAACCUGCAAGUUCUGAAGUGUUCUAAGCAUGGAUGUGCUGCUGUUCAUGGGCGUUUUGAGGAGGUUACGUACCAAGUUGAAGGGCGAGAACAAUGUGCAGUACAUGAUCCACAAGAUUCAUCGGGCCAAUCAGAUGAUAUCAACUAUACUGAUAUCUGGGCUCAGCGAGACGGAUGGGAAACAAGUUUACAUGAGUCAAGGGAGAUCCGUUCCAACGAAGCAUACGACUUACUGGACGACCAACCAUGUGAGGAAGAAGAGAAAGUUAUAAAUAUUGACAGAAAAGGAGAAUCCAAAGGAAGAAAAUCUUCUUCUUCAAAUCCUCCUGCAUCUCAUGCAUUCUCCGAUGAUUAUGAAAACGAAAUCAGGCAGGAACUAAGGUGGCUUAAAGCUAGGUAUCAGAUUCAGUUAAGGCAGCUUACGAACCAACAAAUGAAAGUGAAGUCCAAAUCAUCAGGCCUAACUUCUGCUAACUUGGGACACAGAAAAAAGAGUGUGGUUCCCAUGCCUCCCAUCUCACCCCAAGUAAGGAUUGAAAAUAGUGAACAUGUCCUGGCUUAUUUGGCCUCAAAGAAGCACUUAACUUCUGGUUUUGCCGGUCAUGCUGACAAGAGCCACCCUGACUCCCCAGAGGUCCAAAUGUGUGGGGCAAUCGAUGGGAGUUUAAGUCCGGAUGAAAUCAUCACUGCUAAAAGUUUCUACACAGGAGUUCUGCUUCCACAUUCUCUUCAAAGGGCUACUUCUCUUCCGGUUGAUGCUGUAGAUGUUUAACGGCUAUAAAAUUUUGUAAACCCUUCAUCUUAGUUACCACCCCACUCUCAUAGGAUGCGAUGGGUGCUUGUACAAGCAGAUAUGAAGGUUAAAAGUUGAGGCAGUAGACGUACAUUUUCAAGUAACACUAAAAUAACAAGUUUCCAAUAUCCUCCAUUUUAUUUGUUCAGAAAGAACCGUCUCCAUUGAAA